AUGAGAUUUACAUAUUCAGUUCUUCAGCUUUUGGCGCUGUGCCGAAUCACAUUAGCAUCGCCAUGGAAGCCUUCUUCCACCAUCACUUCAGUAGCGCCAACAAGCACCACUGAGACCAGCGAGACGGUGUCAUCUACGGCCUUUAUCUACGAAACUACAGCCACUACCGAGUUUGAGACACUGUCUGACUCCUCUACCAUCGCAACUUCAAUCGCAACCUCCAGUGUCGAGGUUGAAACCACGACAACCACCACUGCCGCAUCAGGACCUACCAAUCUGAUCAGCAACCCCGGUUUUGAAGACUCAAACGUCGCGCCUUGGACCGUAAACAACAACAUCGGAGCCUUGGCUAUAGACAGCGAUUCAGGUCUCCCCCCAUCAACCCAAGCAGGCCAUUUCAGCGCCUCUGGAGAAAACCUCGUCAACAUGGGCAUCAGGCAAGAAACUGAUUCAUCUUUGAUCGUCGCCGACAAAGAAUACCGAUUCACGAUAUACACCAAAGUUACGGCCUCCAACUUUUGUAUCUCGCAGACUAUUGCAUGCGGUGCAGGAACAGGUUGGGUGAACUCGGCGAAUUGGGGUGCAGUGCAGACGAAUGGUUGGAUAUUGACAACAGUUACUUGUACGUGGAAUCAGGCUCAGCGAGAUGCUGGACCAAGUAUCCAGGUCGCGGGAGUGUGCAAUGGUCUGACUUUUCUGGCCGAUGAUGCUGUUUUGGUCGCAAGUGACGCAUCGGAUUAG